AGAAAAUUAAUCGAAUAUUUCAUUGACAGUAAAAAUUCUUAGAGAUACAAAUUUUGUUUUUCGAAAUAUCUGUAUGCCAUGUAAUUGUUGUUGUUUUUUAAAAGAAUGUAAUUGUAGUCAACAUGCUAAGUAAAUCUUUAAGCAACAAAGAUGAAAUAACCGGUUAAAGCCGGUUAAUUAGAUAAACCGGCUAUUCAAUUAACCAGUUAUUUCUGCCCAUCCCUACUAGAAAAGAACGAUUUUCAAAAUAUAAUUAUUUUAUUGUUGAAAAAAUGGAAAAUUAUUAUCUCUAGUAUACCCUGUGGUAUCCCCACUUGCUACACUUUCAUCUAUUUUUACCAAAUAAUUCAUCCUCUUCCCAGGUUUUUGAUUCACCAAUUUUCUGGUUUCUAGGUUAGAAUCUGAGUUUGAAUUGGUAGUUGUGUUUUGUGUAUGUGUUGGAAUUAUUGGGGUCGGGAAGAAAACCGCUCAUCUUCAAAAUUUCCCAAAAAAAUAGUGCAUACCAAAUAUUUUGUGAAACAAGUGACAGUGAAACUGUAGUUAAAUUGUUUUAAGUGCUGUUUUAAUGGAAGAAUGAAAGUGCGAAUCAAAAAUUGGACUGGAGUGGCCUCCUGGCGUUGGAUAGCAAACGACGACAACUGCGGCAUCUGUCGCAUGGCCUUUGACGGUUGCUGUCCCGAUUGCAAACUGCCCGGAGACGACUGCCCUCUAGUUUGGGGCCAGUGCUCGCACUGUUUUCACAUGCAUUGCAUCGUCAAGUGGUUGCAGUCGCAAACGGUCAAUCAGCAGUGUCCCAUGUGUAGACAGGAGUGGAAGUUCAACAAUAAGUAACCGGGUGAGCAAGCGAAGACAGUUUUGUUUUUAGCAAAGUUUUGGGCUAUGUCAGAUUCUCUAUUGGACAUUUUUAUAUGCAUCUUUUUGAUCCGAAAAAGAAAUUUAUCCCUAAAAAGGGACUUUUUUUUAGCCUUAUCUAAAC